GUAGCAGCAGCAACAGAAGCGAGAGCGCUGUUAACAGAGAUGAGACGCCUCUGACACGGACCAUUCAUUCAGCCGCAUUUAUUAUUCUUUUCUCAUACUGUAUAAAAUUAAUAUGCCACUCUUAUUAUUAAAUCACCAUGGCGUGUGGUACCCCGGGCUCGGAUUGCGGCAGCUGCAGAUGAAGUGAGAAGCCUGCAUCACUGAUGCCAGAUGCUGAUCAUCUCCGGCCGUGUUCAGUCCAGGCGUGAGCACUAAGAUGAGUGGAGCAGUAGAGCAGACCGACAUACUGUCAGUGGGGAACGUGGUCCGGGACCGCUGGAGGGUGAUUAAGAAGAUCGGCGGUGGAGGCUUUGGAGAGAUCUAUGAAGUCCUGGACCAGCUGAACCAGUGCAAUGUGGCGCUUAAAGUGGAGUCGGCUCAGCAACCCAAACAGGUCUUAAAGAUGGAAGUGGCUGUUCUAAAGAGGCUCCAGGGUAAGGAGCAUGUCUGCCGCUUUGUCGGUUGUGGGCGUAAUGACCGAUUCAACUAUGUGGUGAUGGAGCUUCAGGGAAGGAACUUGGCUGACCUUCGGCGCACUAUGAGCCACAGUACGUUCUCGGUGUCCACCACACUCCGGCUUGGCCGACAGAUUCUCCAGGCUAUCGAGAGCAUCCACUCAGUGGGCUUCCUGCACAGAGACAUCAAGCCAUCCAACUUUGCCAUGGGGCGACUGACAAGUACUUGCCGAACUUGCUACAUGCUCGACUUCGGUUUGGCACGUCAGUUUACAAACUCCUGUCAAGAAGUCCGUCCGCCUCGUCCAGUGGCAGGAUUCAGAGGAACUGUACGCUAUGCCUCAAUCAACGCUCACAAGAACAAGGAAAUGGGUCGGCAUGAUGACCUGUGGUCUCUCUUUUACAUGCUUGUGGAGUUUACGGUGGGUCAGCUUCCCUGGAGGAAAGUCAAGGACAAAGAACAAGUCGGGAACCUGAAGGAGACCUACGACCAUCACCUCAUGCUUAAACACCUCCCUGCAGAGUUCAGCGUUUUUCUUGACCACAUCUCAGGCCUCGACUACUACACUAAACCUGACUAUCAGCUCCUGAUGUCCGUGUUUGAGAACAGUAUGAAGACGUAUAAAGUUAUGGAGAAUGAUCCGUAUGACUGGGAGAGGAUUGACUCGGAGGAUUCCCUGACAGUCGCAACUCUAGCAGCUACAAACCAGCAGCUGACUCGUCUCACACCAGCGUACUUGGGCAUGGCCAACGCCUCUGCGAUACCGGGAGACAUGCAGCGUGAGAAUACAGAGGACGUCCUUCAGGGCGAGCGGCUCAGUGAAGCAGACAAUUGCCCGCCCAUCCCGCCUCAGCACGCUCUGGGAGCUGACGUAUGGGAGGAGAUGGAACGGAGCCGAGACCGCAACCGCAAUCACGUUCAACCACAGAUUAGAAAGGUGGCCAGCGAAGAUGAGAGGAGUAAAGAGGGCAAUCAGAGCCCCAACAGCGGCUCUGCGCAGGGAUCUCCGAGACGGGUGCACUCCGAGACCUUACUCAUCGACCGUAUGGCUCCGCUCUUGAGGAGGAUGCGUCACAGCCACAGCAUGGGCCUGGACAAGAGACUGACUCCUGAACCUAAACCCACUAUUGAACGCUUCUUGGAAGCCUACUUAGGAAAGCAGCGACCGGUCCUACCUCAGGAGAGGAUUGGGUGUCGUCCUGAACAGGGUUCUGUAGAGGAUGAAGAAGGAGCAGCCAGCAGCGGCUAUGUAGCAGUGAACCUCAGCCCAGUCCCACAGGAAGGAGACUCUCAGGAGUGGGUGCUAGUAGAGCUGGAAGAAGGCAGCGGAUCAGCGUGCUCCAAGCCUGACGAAGAGGAUCGCUCCACCAACCCCCGGGCUCUGCCUCGCACCUGGUCGGAUCCCCUGCCUCAGCGGGCCAGCAGCCUCAGCAGCUCCGGAGAACUCCAUACUGCCCUCUAUCACACCGGCCCUCCGUUUACCAGGCUUCCCGGAUUGUCAGGGCUUUCCAGCAUCACAGGGCUGAGGAGACUGCCUACUAUACAGCCAGCAUCGAUGGUUCAUGUUAACAAAAGUCAGCUAGAGCAGUUAUCCAGCACUUUACCACAGUCCACACACAUUCUUCAGCCAAAGGGUGAAAACGAUCCGGCUCAAGACACUCCAGCACUUGCUGUGGAAGACGACCCCAGUCAUCUUCCAGUGAAUUUGCCACCCAGACCCUCCUCCCCGCCUCUUGCCCCAGCGAACGACCAGCUGGGCUUGAUCAAACCAACCGAGAAAGACAUGGAGAGUGAUUCAGGUUGCCCCGAUGUCGGUCCUUCUACGACUCCGAACCAGGGCGAGACCACUGGGGACACGGUGGACCCAGGCCUCGCCUCCCCGGUCCCGGCUUCUCCUCGGGAAUUGUCCCCACGGGCCAGCCGCAUUCCUGUGCGUGACCCAGACUCUCCCACCAGAAAGGGAUUUGCCCCUCUGUCACCAUCCCUGUCUUUAUCCUGCGAGCACUUCCCGUCAGCCAUGCUUCGCGACAAGUUCUCCUUCCCCUCCGAGCGAGGUUCUCGCGCAUCUGACUUCCAGGGAGAUGAUCUGCUCUCGCUCUCCUCCUCCUCGAGCCCGCUGUCAAGCAGGAGCAAGAUUCCAAGGCCCAUAAGUCCCACACUAGCUCCAGACCAGUGCUCUACUCGCUUUAUGCCACGCCCACCUCCAGGAAAACCACCACUCCGCCCAGGGGGAGAAAACAGGCGCAGACGUUACCGUAUCCGGGCCAGCAGCACUGGCGAUACGGAUCUCCUUGACAACCUCACCCAGUUGAUGCAAGAGCGAGGAGGCGUGGCUGUAUCCCGCUACCAACGUACCACUUCCUCCAUACAGCGCUCGUUAAGCUCCUCCCCUUCUCGCUUCGAGGGUUGUCACAGCCAAGUGACGCUCAGUGUUUUAGGUUCCCCGCCGCCACAGAUACGCGAGGUGCGAGUUAAACGUGGGAUCGGUUAUGGUGCUGGAGGCAAAGCAGGAAGCCCCGAGAAUAAAACCACUACCAAGGUGAACAAAUAGAAGAAAAAUGGUGAAAAAGUGACUCUUCUGAUGGAUCACUGAUGACUUCAUGGGUUUUAAAGGAUUCAUUUGGUUACAAGCAGCUUUUAAAAUGGUGAUAAGGGCGGAAAAAUAAUGAAUUGACUUUGUCUGCUGAAGGAAAGUGUGACAUAAAACGAAAAAAAAAUUUGAAGCCAACUAUGUUGGUUGAGAUUACUUGAAAGCAUUGUAUAUAAGCGAUUUCAUCAUACCUCUGACAUUCCCAUGCUGCGCUCCAUUUCUCCUGACAUUCGAUAUCGCUUAUUCAUUUGUGUUUUUCUUCCAUGUGUCAUGUACCCUCCUGUGGAAACGUCCAAGCACGCAAGGAUUUUUGUACAAAUUCUUACGACUCCAUCCAAACCCUCCUCCUCGGCGUCAUUAAGUCUUACUGCAGCGUAUCACAACCGGCCGAGCGUACAGUCAGCUCGCUUUUAAAACUUUUCCUUAGUGUCACCUCGCCGGCAUUUUUACUUUUUAUUAAAAUUAGACGCAAAUAUCAAGAAGCAGGUCAGGCAAAAUGGUAUUUUCCUACAAACGUAGUCAAUCAUCCGGGAUAUGCUUGGUGAUGUCUGAUGUUUGCGUCUUUCGUCGUGUGCUGGAGCAACAAGACCUCAUCAUCUCAGUCGCGAAUUCCUCACACACUUACCUUGAUUCAGUUAUACAAGAGAAUAUGCAAAUCCUAUUAUACCGAUUCCAUGAAAUCGAGUCGUACAUGAGCUGAUAGCCAACUCGGUGCUACGCGCCUCCUCAGCUAUAAGCCGUGUACGAUCAGAUUGAGUGGAAUAACUGUUUUAUUCUAUCCACGUUCACUGGAUUUUGAGAAACGGAGCAUUUUUAUUUUGAUUUUUUGCAAAUUCGAUAAAUAAAAGCAUCAUGCAAAACGUCCGACAAAAUUUCCGCUUAGAGUGUAAACAAAUCGCCGAAAUGACAGGAGCAAUUUGUGAAAAAUAUGAUGAUAAUUCUUGAAAAAUAACAAGAAGACAGAGUCAACUAUAUACCAAGUUCUGCUGCAGGAAACCAACCCGACCUCUUUACACUGACCUCAGCAGCCCAUGGCAUAAGCCCACCGGACUUUUGGUCCAGGGGAGCUAAACAUUUAAAUUUCUCACAUUUCUUAGUAUCAAAAGGCACAUAUACAUUACACUGUGUUCCAAAUUAUUAUGCAAAUCAUAUUUUCUCAGAUUUUCCUAAAUUAUCUAUAUUAAUGGCAGUCAUCAUGAUUUUCCAGUCAUCAACCAUUAGAGUACAAUUCAAAUGUUUUUGAACGAACCUCCCAAUGAUAACAGUAAAUUUUUAAGAAAUAAAAAACACAAAUGCACCCAAAAUGCAUGUUCCAAAUUAUUACGCACAAUUGAGUUUCCAAACAUUUUAUUGUCAUAAAGAACAAAAAAUGGUCAUGUGUGAAAUUAGAAACAUUAGCAGGUCAUGACUAACUGAAAUGUAACUGAAAUCAAACUAUUUAAAUCAAAACAUUAUCACAAGUGAAGUCACAUCUGAACAUAGGACCCCUUGUUGAAAAGGACCUUCUCAAGUCUUCCAUCCAUUGAAUUUGUCAGUUUUUGGAUAGUAUCUGCUGGAACUGCCUUGCAUGAGGACAGAAUAGCCUCCCAGAGCUGUUGUUGAGACGUGAACUGCCUCCCACCAUCAUAAACACUUCUCUUGAUGAUGCUCCAAAGGUUCUCAAUAGGGUUGAGGUCAGGGGAGGAUGGGGGCCACACCAUAAGUUUGUCUCCUUUGAUGCCCAUUGCAGCCAGAGAUGCAGAUGUAUUCUUUGCAGCAUGACAUGGUGCAUUGUCAUGCAUGAAAAUGAUCUGUUUCGAAAAGCACGAUUCUUCCUUUUGAACCAUGGCAGGAAGUGUUCUUUGAGGAACUCCACAUGCGUUAUGGAUGUCAUCUUCACACCGUCAGGGAUCCUAAAAGGGCCGACAAUCUCUCUCCCCAUGAUUCCAGACCAAAACAUCACUCCACCACCUCCUUGUUGGCGCCGUAGCCUUGUUUGCAUGGGGUGGCCGUCAACCAACCAUCCACCACUCCAUCCAUCUGGACCAUCGAGGGUUGCACGACAUUCAUCGGUGAACAGAACAGUUUUGAAGUCAGUCUUCAUGUAUUGCCUGGCCCACUGGAGCCGUUUCUGCUUGUGUCCAAUGGAUAGGGGAGGUUGAAACGAUGGCUUACGCACCGCUGCAAACCCCUGGAGGACCCUGCAUCUUGUUGUUGGAGGCACCAGCAGCUUCAAAAACUUGUCUGCUGCUAUGACAGGGCAUUUUUACAGCUGCUCUUUUGAUCCAACGUAUUUGCCUGUAGGAAAGAGUCCUGGAUUUUCCAUUAUCAGCACGCACACGUGUGUGCUCUGAAUCAGCUACAUACUUCUUGAUAGUGCGAUGAUCGCGAUGAAGUCUCUUGGCAAUUUUGAUUGUUGCCAUGCCUUGACCCAAACAUUCAACUAUUUGUUGCUUUUCAGCAGCCGACAGGUCCUUUUUCUUGCCCAUUUUGGUUGAAAAUGGUAGCCUGCUUAAUAAUGUGGGACAACCUUCUUUAGUAGUUUCCCCUUAAAUUGGACUCGCCUGCCAAACUAAUUAGCACAGGUGUCUUCAAUUGGUUUCAGUGAUAUACAGAGCCCUGAUACACAUUACCAUUCAUGAGUUUAACUGACAAACAAAAAAUCUCUUACCUUACCACUCUUAAACACUUGUUGCAUAAUAAUUUGGAACACAGUGUACUUAACACAUAUACCAACUUCCAAGACCGUACCACUCAUAGUUUUCAAGUUCCGCUCCGGAAACUAAACCCGCCCCUAAAGCCCGGCGCACACAGGCAAUUUUCCUACGCAAGUUUCCCCUCUCGUGUGUGCGUUAUCUGCGACCAGUGGGCUAUUUGGGGAGGGGGAUGCAAAUCACGUGGAAAUCACAUGACUACUUCGCGGGUGAACCGGCGAUUGGCCUAAUGGUUAGCGUGUCCGCCUCUUGAUCGGAAGAUCGCAAGUUCUACUCACGGUUGGGUCAUACCCAAGACCAUCAUAAAAAUGGUACCUACUGCUGUCUGGCAAGGUACGCUGCAAUACAGAUGCGAGUAGGGAGUCAAACUCUCGCGGUUACCAGAAAACUAGCCCCCCCCCCCCCCCCCCGUAACCCUAGCUAAACGAGAGGCUACGGAAACGGAGAUCGGUGUCGCGCUAUACGCCACGUGGCGUGGGAAAGACUUUAAUUGAUUUGACUUCACGGGUGGGGCUUGACUUAGCCUUUGGAGGUGAUCGCCUCAUCACAAAGACACGCACAUGCGGCAAUAUCUCUGCAACAAGUCAACGACUGGCUUUUUUUUUUUUAAUGUAUUUAUUUUUUUGGUCACAGAAUAUCAAGCAUGUUUGAUACCUGCGAUCUGUCGCAAGCAACAAAAAAAUCGCCGUCGCAAAUUUCUGCACACGAAGCGACUUUUUUUUUUUUUUUGCUUGCGUCAAAAAGUUGCGCAACCAAGCGACGGAAAAUCGCUCAUGCGCACCGGGCUUAAGACUAACCCAAGAGACUAGGUCUGAAAUGGUUUCCAUGGAAACCUGAAAAAUUAAAAUUUCUCAGUCUGAAAAGGCACCUCUACAUCACCUUGUGAACAUGUAUACCAAGUUUCAAAUCCGUAUCAUGAAUAGUUUUGGAUAUACGCUCCGGAAACUAACAUUGCUCAUAGAAACUAAGUCAAAAUCUAAUUUUUUUUUAUGUAAAAAUUUGAAAAAUACUUUUUUUUUUUUUCCCCAAAAAAAAUCCAAAAUGGCAAAAGGCAGCAGUUCACAUGUUGCUUGAUAUGUAUACAAAGUUUCAUGAAGAUAUCUUCAGUAGGUUUAAUGAUAUGGACGGAACCCGUUUCUGUAUCCGGCGCCAAACUUCAUUUCGUCAAAUACUUUUAUUCCAUAUUUUGUUGCGCCCGUAUUUUUUGGGUUUUGUUUUCGAGUAGUUUUUAUUUCGUCCUCGGUUGCUUCAGCAACACGCUCGGCCAUUUAGUUUUUCUCUACUCACGGUAUAUGAGCUGAUAUCAGAGUAGUAGAGUAGCCAAUCGGAGCACACAAUUGCUCAUAUCCAGUAAAUGUGGAUAGAAUAAUAUAUUAAUAUCAUGAUACAUCAUCAGUUCUGACUUCAAACUUCGGGUCACGCCUCCCACCUAACCUGAGUGACGUCAAACUACAACCCCGAUUCCAAAAAAGUUGGGACAAAGUACAAAUUG